AUGAGGGGGUCCUGGCGCGCUGCCGCCCUGCUCGCCUGGGGCGGAGCUGCCCUCUCGGGCCCGCUCCGGGCCCCGCUGCCUCCCGUUCCUCGGAGAGGUUGGGCUGCCACGGCUGCUCGGAAGACUUACGACGUCAGAAAAGUUGAAAUCACUCCCCUGGAGCAGAGGAAGGUAACUUUUGAUACCCAUGCUUUAGUGCAGGAUCUGGAAGCCCAUGGCUUUGGGAAGGAGCAGGCGGAGACCAUCGUGUCGGCGUUGAUAACUCUGUCAAAUGUCAGCCUAGACACAGUCUAUAAGGAUAUGGUCACACAGGCUCAGCAGGAAAUCACUUUACAGCAGAUAAUGGCACACUUGGACUCCAUUCGGAAGGACAUGGUCAUCCUGGAGAAGAGUGAAUUUGCCAACCUCAGGGCGGAGAAUGAGAAAAUGAAAAUUGAAUUGGAUCAAGUGAAACAGCAGCUAAUGAAUGAAACCGGUAAAAUCCGAGCUGACAGCAAGCUGGACAUCAACCUGGAGAGGAGCAGAGUGACAGACAUGUUUACAGAUCAGGAGAGGAAACUGAUGGAAGCAACUACAGAGUUCCAUAAAAAAGAUUCAAGCACCAACAGUGUCAUCUCCGAGAUCAGCAAUAAAAUCGACACCGAGAUAGCCUCCUUGAAAACGCUGAUGGAGUCGAACAAGCUCGACACGAUACGCUACCUGGCAGCGUCGGUGUUCACUUGCUUGGCAAUAGCGCUGGGGUUUUACAGGUUCUGGAAAUAGGUCUCAGUGGAGGGACUGCAUGAGGGAGAUGGAGAGCCAGCCACCCAGGCAGCCUCACUCAAGGAUCAUGUUUACGCUGGAGAUAACCUUGGGAUCGUUGUGUUUCGUUGCCCUUGCUGUGUGCUAGGAAUGCUGCCGGAGUGCUUAACACUAAAGAGCAAAACAGCUGGGAGGGGAGCUGGGCACAUAGUAGUAUCCUCUGGUCCCCUACUGACUGACUGUAUUUAUUUCAAAGGCCUUUGUUGCUUACUGUGGUUUAGAAUUAAUCUUGUUUCCUUUUUGGAACAUCCUCACUCUCAGCUCCUCUCAAAAGGGAAAUGUUCAAUGUUUGGGAUGCCCGUGAAAUGGAAACACUUGUUCCCAAGUUAGUGUGUCCCACGUGGGAAUGCUAAUGCCAACAGAUCUAAUCUGAUGCAAGUACAU